CCAUCUCUCCGCUCACACCCAAUCCUUCGAAACACAAUGGCACCCAAACUAGGAAAAAGAAAACGUGUAACUCGCGAAGAACUCGAACAGCCGUCACGAUCGCCAUCACCAUCGUCAGACUCGCAGGAAUCAGAUGACGAAGAUGUCCAGGCCCUCUUUCGAAAGGCCUUCGAGGCCAAAUUCGAACCUCUCGACAUCGAACCGGUGCAGAAAAAGGUCAAACAAGAUGGGAUUGAACACAAAGAUGCGGAAGUAGAGGAUGAGGAAUCAGAUUGGUCGGGAGUCAGCUCAGAAGACGAGGACAAUAAUGGAGUCGAGGUGUUCGACUAUGCGGCCAACAACCGACAAGCCCACGAAAAAGCUUCAAAGGCAGAACUACGCGCAUUCAUGUCCUCAAAACCACCUACCCUCUCCUCGUCCACACCCACCGCCAAAUCCUCUGCGACACAAAAACCUUCAACCACCGACUCGUCCGACCCCACAGAAGUCGAACACCUUAAAAACGACCUCGCGCUACAAAAUCUGCUCCGAGAAUCCACCCUCCUCUCCACACACAAUCCGACCUACUCAACCCGCGCAACGGACGCGCCCGCGAAGCCCAGCUCCAUCUCCACACGCCACAAAAUCGCGGAUAUGCACAUGCAAUCGCUAGGUGCAAAAGGUUCAGCAUUCGCGCAGAAGAACAUGCCCAUGAGCCAACGCAAAGGUAUCACAGCCAAGGCGAAGCUCCGGGAAGAUUUGCGUAGAAAGGAAGCGAAAGAGAACGGGAUUAUCCUGGAGAGGGAUACGAAGAAGAAGAAAGCUCCAUCUUCGCUGGCGCAGAGGAGGGAUCGAGGUGUUGGCGGGCCGUCGGUGGGUAAAUUCAAGAACGGAACUCUUACGCUUAGCAAAAAGGAUGUUGCGAGUAUUACGAGAGAUGGUGGUGGAGGUGGGAAAGGAAAAGGCAAGAAAGGAAGACGAUAG